AUGGAGGCAACAGCAGAAACUGCUCCUGCGUCAACCAGCAGCCAUUCAUUCAUCCGCUCCCUUAAUCUGGACAGGUUGUGCGGUGAACGAAACAGCAAGGAACAGGCGCUAAAAUCUCAAAUGAUAAAUAACAACGGAGACGAACCUUACACAGGUAGGAUCAUGAGGUUUCCUGCAAACCGAAAUCGCGACGUCAUGGACUAG